AUGAUUCCAGAACCUCUUGCACAAAAGCCAGGCAUCCAAUUAAUUAAAGCUGGAUCACUUGAAAUGGUACCACUUGGUGAAACUUACAUGUGUCCUGGUCUCAAUUCGAGCAUAAUUGAUGUUCCCAUCAGUAAUCAAAGUAAUCAACUGACAAUGGGCCAUUUUGAAAUGCGUCCAUCGCCGAAUAAUUUUCCUUUCUAUUAUGAAUAUUUGGAAGUUAAAACGAUUGUUAGUGGAAAGAUUAUUGUCAUGGAUGAACAAAACAACCGUUAUGAAGGCCAUCCUGGCGAUGUUUUUAUUUUUACACCACCACAUGUUGUUACGUUUUUGGCUGAAUCAGAUGGUCGUGCCGUUUAUAUUGGUCAUAGAGGACCUGAACCAUCAUUUUUACCAGGCUAUCAAGGUGGACCUAUCCGAACACCAACCAUUAACGACAAAUAA